UUAUAUCUCUCUCUCUCUCUCACUCAUUAUCGCUCUCUAACUUGGGAGGUAUUGAUUGUAAGAGGCUCUGUAUCUCCUCCACCAUCCCCCCCACCUUCCCCAGUACAGUAUGUUUGAGGUGAAUGAGAACUACACGCGUGUGUCAGAGUUUGUGAUCGUGGGCUUCCCGGGGCUCCAUCCAACCUUCUACCAGCUGAUGGCCUGGUUCUUCUUCUUCAUCUAUGUGAUCACGGUGGUGGGGAACCUUCUGCUAGUUGUGCUGUUUGCCCUGGAGCGCAGCCUGCAGAAACCCAUGUACAUCAUCAUGCUCAGCCUGGCUCUGUCAGAUAUAGGUUUUGCCACAGUGGCCCUUCCCAAAGUAAUAGCUCGGUGGUGGUGGGACGACGGGAGGAUCUCCUUCCAUACGUGUCUGUUCCAGGAACAAAUGAUCCACUACUUUGGAACACUCAACUCUCUCAUCAUGUUGACUAUGGCUAUGGACCGAUACCUGGCUAUCUGUCACCCUCUCAGAUACCCUAUGUUGAUGACCAACCAGAUAAUGAGUGGUCUAACAGUCUUCUCCUGGAUGUCAGCCACAGUCUCACCUGCCAUCGGCACCAUAGACUUCACUAGGAAAGUAGCAUUCUGUGGUCCCAACCGAAUUCUCCAUGCCUACUGUGACGCUCUGUCCCUGACUAAACUGUCCUGCUCCGACAUGGCGGCGAUCCAGGGCAGCUCCAUUGGCCUGGCCUAUUUUGUGCUCCUCGUCCCCUUCUCCUUCAUCGUCUUCUCCUAUAUCAACAUCAUCGUCACCGUGAUGCGCAUGGCUAACGCACAGGGCAGGAUGAAGACCUUCUCUACCUGUGCUACUCAGGGCUGUAUCAUUCUUAUUUACUACAUCCCCCGCUUCAUAGUGUACGCUACACCCUACAUCCCCAACCUGAUCAUGACCCCUGACCUCCGCAUCGGCCUCACCCUUUUCUACAGCCUGUUCCCCCCGGUGGCCAACCCGUUCAUCUAUAGCUUCAGGACCAAGGAGAUCAGAGCCGUCCUGGGGCGCUGGAGACAGUGCUGGAGGAACAGCCAGACAGAACCGAGUAUACCCAAAACUGUGGCUGUUAUCACUAAAUGAAGGGUUAGGCUAUAACAUGUUAAUUCAGGGCUAUAACAUGUUAAUUCAGGGCUAUAACAUGUUAAUUCAGGGCUAUAACAGGUUAAUUCAGGGCUAUAACAGGUUAAUUCAGGGCUAUAACAGGUUAAUUCAGGGCUAUAACAUGUUAAUUCAGGGCUAUAACAGGUUAAUUCGGGGCUAUAACAUGUUAAUUCAGGGCUAUAACAGGUUAAUUCAGGGCUAUAACAUGUUAAUUCAGGGCUAUAACAUGUUAAUUCAGGGCUAUAACAUGUUAAUUCAGGGCUAUAACAUGUUAAUUCAGGGCUAUAACAGUUUAAUUCAGGGCUAUAACAUAACACACUAAACCCAACACUGUCUGUUAUCACUCGAAGACAAUCGCACACAAUUGGACCUGUAACAGUGUAAAAUAUCUGUUUCCACUUAUAAAUAGGACUUGUAUAGGCUACAGAGUCGUCUAAUUGCUCUGGCUUUGCUAGAUACUACUAUUCUCCAAGAAUAUGAUGGAGAUGAAACUAGACAUUCAUAUAGCAUCUUUAUAAAUCUCAUUUUCAAAAAGCUCUCUGCUUGUGUUGUCUGUCUCAACCAGUAUUGAUUGAUUGAUUUUUUAAUAUUGAUAAUGUCCGAUGAACAGGGGAGACUACCCUGUACCUUUAU